AUGUUGGGGGAGGACGUGCAGAAGGACCUAGAGGGCAGGAGUAAUCACUGGCUGGAAGGAGCCCAUGGGGUGCAUGGCCUUGGGGUACCCCAGAGCAGGGUCCAGUGGCUGUCAGCUACGGCGCUCCUGCCAGCCAAGGUGGACUGGGUGAUGCUGAGCUUCAGAAGCUCAACCUCGGCGUCUCUGCAUCAGUCGGGAUACCUCAAAGGGUCUGCCCUCUGGGAGAAGAACAGGUUCAUCCGCUGGUGCAAAGAGGCACAUGUCCAGCAGAACCACUCACCAAAUCUGAAUGUUCCGGUGCCGGCACCUCAGGUUCGAGGCAGCAAAGCUGCACUGCCGUGUGAGUUCUCCACCCUGAACCCAGGAUUACCAGCGUGGAUCAGCCCACGAGAUAGCUUCGAGGUGGGGGCCAGGAGGGGUCUGCUGAGAAAACAAACAGCAGAGGGAAGGCAACACCGAGUGACAAACCCACUGAGGUACAGAAGCAAAAAGCCUGGAAGAGACGCGCUGGGCCAGGAGCAGGUGCGUUCCAGGCCGUGCUGCCGCCCUAGCGGGCCCCGAAGAUGCAGCCACCUCCCUCCCGGGUCCUUUCCCGCACCCUUGUCAAGGGCCCCACCGGCUGGAGGUCCCCCCACCUCGGGUGUCCAGGCUGCAGGGAGCACAUCUGUGGUGCCGACCCAGGGCCACAUCCUGUCCCUGCUGGCAUCCCCCAGUGCCUCCUGGACCGGCCCGGGCUUCGCACCCAGCGACCCACCUUGCAGCUUUCACUGUGGUGACACCCCUGCCACCUGCCCCUCACCCAGCCAGGGGACACAGGUGGGCUCUGCUGCUGUCUCUGCCCGUACAACAGGUGCGGUCCCGCCAACACCUUCCUCCCUCGUGCCCUCUCCCUUCUCCUCCUGUGGGUCCCCAGCCACACUCCUCCGGCCCAUCUCAGGCACUCCCGACGUGGGUUUCCAGCCAGGCCCACCCAGCGCAACCCCCGAUGGCCUUUCAAACAUGGGCCGCAGGCCCAGCCUGUCCCCACGCUUUGCUUCCCGAGAAAGUCCCUUCCCGCCUACAUGUGCUCACAUGCACCCACACACUCACAUACCACAGAGACACACAGACACACUCCCACCGGCUCACACCCACCCACACGAGCACCAGCACGCCACACAACCCUUCCAUGUACAUUCUCUCACAUGCACGCACACACUCGGAGAUGGAGGCUCGGCGGCACUUCCUGGCCACACAGGGUACAGUGGAUGUGGAGGGCGGGAGGCAGGUGGGACCUGAGCUAGGUGGCCAACAAGCCUGUGGGCCCCACGGUGGUGGUGGUGCUGAUGGCCUGACAUGCACCGUGUCCCCGUCUGCCUUCGUCCAACUCACCCAACACGGUGCAAGACACACAGGACGUUCUUCAACAAUAUUUCCUCCACCAGUAGCCCUGAGUAAGAGCUUACCUGAGUAAGAAUGUGCAGCAACUUCCAGUUUGCAGCCCAGCACUUCAAGUCAGUCUUGUUGAAACCCUUGGAUCAUUUAAAAAUAAAAAAGGGGGGGAACCUGGAUGGCUCGGUGGUUGAGCAUCUGCAUUUGGCUCAGGUCGCGAUCCUGGAGUCCUGGG